CUUAAGAACUUCUGGUCUAAACUGAUUCUCUCAACGACCCUAGAUAGCCAGCGCGCGGCAGCGAUGGUGAGCGAGUGCCCGGGGCCCGGAGCCCGGGUCCCCUGGCGGCGAAGCGACGAGGCGCUGCGCGUGAACGUGGGCGGCGUGCGGCGGCGGCUGAGCGCCCGCGCCCUGGCGCGCUUCCCGGGCACGCGGCUGGGCCGCCUGCAGGCCGCGGCGUCGGAGGAGCAGGCGCGACGCCUGUGCGACGACUACGAUGCGGCGGCGCGCGAGUUCUACUUCGAUCGGCACCCGGGCUUCUUCCUGAGCCUGCUGCACUUCUACCGCACCGGCCGCCUGCACGUGCUCGACGAGCAGUGCGUCUUCGCCUUCGGCCAGGAGGCCGACUACUGGGGCCUGGGCGAGAGCGCGCUGGCCACGUGCUGCCGCGCGCGCUACCUGGAGCGGCGCGUGGCACGACCGCGCGUCUGGGACGAGGACAGCGACACGCUGAGCAGCGUGGACCCGUGCCCCGCAGAGAUCUCUGACGUGCAGCGAGAGCUGGCGCGCUACCGGGCGGUGCGCUGCGGCCGCCUGCGCCACCGCCUCUGGCUCACCAUGGAGAACCCGGGCUACUCGCUGCCCAGCAAGCUCUUCAGCUGCGUCUCCAUCGGCGUGGUGCUCGCCUCCAUCGCCGCCAUGUGCAUUCACAGCCUGCCCGAGUACCAGGCCCGCGAGGCAGCGGCCGCCGUGGCCGCGGUGGCUGCGGGCCGCAGGGCGGAAGGCUUGCGCGACGACCCGGUGCUGCGGCACCUCGAGUACUUCUGCAUCGCCUGGUUCAGCUUCGAGGUGUCGUCGCGCCUCCUGCUAGCGCCCAGCACUCGCAACUUCUUCUGCCACCCGCUCAACCUCAUCGACAUCGUGUCCGUGCUGCCUUUCUAUCUCACGCUGCUGGCUGGCGUGGCACUCCGAGACCGGGGCGGAGCGGGUGGCGAGGAGCUGGGCGACCUGGGCAAGGUGGUGCAGGUGUUCCGUCUCAUGCGCAUCUUCCGCGUGCUCAAGUUGGCGCGCCACUCCACCGGGCUGCGCUCGCUGGGUGCAACGCUCAAGCACAGCUACCGUGAGGUGGGCAUCUUGCUGCUGUACCUGGCCGUGGGUGUGUCUGUGUUCUCCUGCGUGGCCUACACAGCCGAGAAGGAGGAGGAUGUGGGCUUUGACACCAUCCCGGCCUGCUGGUGGUGGGGCACGGUGAGCAUGACCACCGUGGGCUAUGGGGAUGUGGUGCCGGUGACGGUGGCUGGCAAGCUGGCAGCGUCAGGCUGCAUCCUCGCGGGCAUCCUGGUGGUGGCGCUCCCCAUCACCAUCAUCUUCAACAAGUUCUCCCACUUCUACCGACGCCAGAAGGCCCUGGAGGCUGCUGUGCGCAACAGUGACCACUGGGAGUUUGAGGACCUCCUGAGCAGCGUUGACGGAGUGUCGGAGGCGUCUCUGGAGACCUCCCGGGAGGGAAAAUCUGAAGACCUGGAGGCUCAGGCCACUACUGGGCCUCCAAACUCUCAGGUUUAUUAA